AUGGAUAACGAUCACGACGACGACAGGCCGCAUCUGGCCGUUCCCCACUCGCCCAUCAGUCAUCGAAGGCGUUCGCGACCUGCGUCGCGCAUGCACAGCCGGCGAGGGUCAAUGUCCGACGAGCCUACUGAGCGGACCUCACUGCUCGGACGCUCCAGAUCUCAUGUCAAGAUCUCCGAUGCACCCGAUUCACCACGCACGCCACGCACACCGCGCAAUGUGCAGCUGCCGAUGGGCAAUAGCUUUCUAGCUGCUACCCCUUCCACAAAACACCAUAGCCGAGCGGGAUCAUGGGGCACGCGCUUGAUCCAUGCCAUCUCCCACCAGCAAGACCCCAUGGCCGAGUCCAAAACCUCCUUCUCCCAAGAUGACCGCGUCUGGUACGACCAAUUUACCUCUACCGACUGGGUACAUGACAGCAUCACUGAUGCCUACCGAGCGAAGGCUCUGCGGAGCCGGACCGACUUCUGGGGCCGCUUUUAUCUCCUCUUCGAUGGUGCACAGGGUUGGAUCCUGUCAGCGGUGGUCGGCUUUGUUGUUGCAGUUAUAGCGUACGCCAUCAACGUGUCCGAACAAGUGCUCUUCGAUUGGAAAGAUGGUUACUGCCAGACAAGCUGGUAUUUGAGCGAGAAGCGAUGCUGUCCUCUGGGGGACUGCACUGACUGGAUCUCCUGGUCUGAAGUCAUCGAUGACUUGCCGAUUGCUGCCAAGUGGAGAGAAUGGGUCGUCUACGUUGUCUGGGUCAACCUGUUCGCACUGACUGCGUGCCUGCUCACGCUCACGACAAAGACCGUUGUGCCCUCGGCUUACAGGCUCUCCACGCUGGACGAGAAUCUGGCCGCCGAGGCUGCUCCAUUAUUAGACAACGAACCCGAGAACGAGAAUGGCGACGUCAGCCCUCCACAACACCGCGAAGAAACCUCCCCCUCCCCUACGGCACCGCCCAUGAUCUACUACUCGGCUGCUGGCAGCGGAGUCGCCGAGGUGCGCGUGAUCCUCAGCGGGUUCGUGCUGCACGGCUUCUUGGGCCUCAAAACCCUCAUCAUCAAAUCGGUCGGCCUGGUCCUCAGUGUAGCAUCGGGCUUGAGUUUGGGCAAGGAGGGCCCUUACGUCCACAUUGCGACUUGUGUUGGCAACAUCGCCUGUCGUCUCUUCGAAAAGUACGACAGAAACGAUGGAAAGCGACGAGAAGUGCUUUCAGCGGCCGCAGCAGCAGGUGUCGCUGUUGCUUUCGGAGCGCCUCUCGGUGGCGUGCUCUUCGGCUUGGAGGAGGUGGCUUAUUUCUUCCCCGCCAAAACCCUCUUCAGGACCUUUUUCUGCUGCAUCAUUGCAGCCCUGACCUUGAAAUUCCUCAACCCAUAUGGAACCCACAAAAUUGUCAUGUUCCAAGUUCACUAUGCUGUUGAUUGGGAAUACUUCGAGCUUGUGAGCUUUGUCAUUGUUGGAGUGCUUGGUGGGGUGCUCGGUGCCUUGUUCAUCAAAGCGUCCAGGUACUGGGCCAGGACUUUCCGCAAGAUCUCCGUCAUCAAGCGCGUGCCUGUUUUGGAGGUUGUUCUGGUGGCCCUAAUCACAGGUUUGUUGGGUUACUGGAAUGGGCUAACGAAGCUGCCGGUUGCGAAGCUGCUAUAUAAUCUCGCGGCCCCUUGCGACCCGGACGACGAUAGUCUGGACAAUCUUGGCUUGUGUCCAGAUGCAAGGGCGGACAUUCCUGCUGUUCUGCGGAGUUUGUUGUUGGCAUUCCUUAUCAAGGGAUUCCUCACUGUCAUCACCUUUGGCAUUAAAGUCCCUGCUGGUAUAUACGUGCCAUCCAUGGUGGUCGGUGGCCUAAUGGGCCGACUGAUCGGGCAUGUUGUCCAAUGGCUAGUCAUGACGUACAACCACUGGCCCGUCUGGGAUCGAUGCUCACGCAUCGGAGAUGCCACUUGUAUCCAACCUGGCGUAUAUGCCCUCAUUGCCGCUGGCUCCACCAUGUGUGGCGUGACUCGACUCUCUGUGACCCUCGCGGUCAUCCUCUUCGAAUUGACCGGAAGCCUCGAUUAUGUGCUGCCCUUCUCCUUGGCCAUCCUCGUUGCGAAGUGGACAUCAGAUUUCAUUGAACCACUGAGCAUUUAUGACCUGUUGACGGAGCUAAACUCAUAUCCCUUCCUCAACAACAAGCAUAAGCCUAUCUUCACCACUGAUCUCGCGGAUCUGGUACCCAAGGUCCGCCGCGUAAGGGUGAUUGAUAUAACAACCUCACCUCUCGUUUCAGCCACAAGCCUGAGAGGGAAGCUGGAGCGUCUUCAUGCUGCUGGCGAGAUCGAUGGCGGCCUGCCGAUUCUCAGAGACGGCGUGCUGGUUGGAUUAAUCCCUGCACCUGACCUGGAGUUUGCCCUGGAUCAGCUCUCUGAUGAGAGUUCGGACUUAUGCCUUAUGGCUCAGGUGCCUUCCAUUGAUGACUCGGAUGACGGCAACCCCGAUCCCACCGACUUCACGAGAUAUAUUGACCCGGCACCCGUGGCUUUGGACAUACAUUCCUCCAUGGACCUCGUAUAUGAGUGCUUCGUGAAACUUGGUUUGAGAUAUAUCUGCGUCCUUCGUGACGGAAAAUACGCGGGCAUGACGCACAAGAAAACUUUCGUCAAGUAUAUGAGAGAGCUGGAGAGGCAAGGUCACCACAUGUAA